CCCCACCUCCUCCGAUCUUAGCUACCCUCUUCCAUUUCUCUCUCUUAUCUCCUUCCCAUUUUGGAUUCUAUUCAUUUUCUAUUUCUCAAAAAAAGGAGGAAAAAAAAAACACUUUGAUGGAGAAUAAUGAGAGGGAAACACACGAUUUCAUGAACGUGGAAUCCUUCUCUCAGCUUCCCUUUAUCCGACCUCCCCCUAAUAAAGAAAAGUGUAUUCGUUUAUUCGGCAAGGAAUUUGGCGGCCGCAACAGUGGUAACUCGGCUACGGCAGCCACCGUCUACGACUCAAAGCCAGACUCACUUCAGAACAACGAAGACACGGCCAAGGAAAACGAGAAUGAAGAUAAUAACAACAAUAAUACCAACAGAAGAUUUGAGUGUCACUAUUGUUGCAGAAACUUCCCCACUUCCCAAGCUUUAGGUGGUCACCAAAACGCUCACAAAAGGGAACGCCAACACGCGAAACGACAUCAGCUAACCAUGCACCGCGACUCUUCUUCCUCCGAUGCUCAAAAUAUUUAUGAGGUUUUCAACUAUAAGCUAGCCGUAGCUCAACCAACGCCGCCGACGGCGGCUUACCAUUCGUGGAACAAUAGUAUAAACAUCAGUAACGGUAAGUUUUAUGGGAACCAAGGCUCGUUUUCUCAGCCACCGCUCAUCAAUGGCAGCCCAGUACUGGGGUUCAUGAGAAUCCCUGCUACAGUUCAGAGUAGAUUUUUCGCCAGCGAUGAGUUAAAGCUUCCGUCACAGGUGGUGGUCGGUGGUUCAAGUUUGCAGAGACGUGGGUACGUUUAUGAAUCGAAACCUAACGUAAGUGACCAUGUUAGCUUGGAUCUACAUUUGUAACCGAGAUCCCAGAUUGUUUUGAACGUACAGCAGCUUCUUGUCUUGUGGUGAGCAAACACACCCAGUUUCAUUCGAGUGAAGAAGUUUAAUGAUAGGGUUUAAUUAAAGCAUCAAUAGCAGGGACAUAAUUGAUUUCAACCUGCAGGCCAUUUCCUACUUUCUCUCUCAACUCAAGUUCCAUGUGCUUCAUAAACG